AUCACUGACGAGGCGUAGCAUGGCAACAGUUGGGCCGAACGAGCGGCAUUUCCCAUCGCUUCCCACCUUCCUACAUUCUUCCUACUACUCGCUCGGCAAACUCUCCAGCGCGCCCGCCGCUUCGCACGACGUCUCCGGCGAGGCUGCGCUCGCCGCCGCCGUCCACGAGAGGUCCUUCAAAGGCGAGCUCAUCGUCUUCUCGUUCAACUUUUGCGCCAUCCCGGAGGCGAUCAACGCAGCGCUGAUGCUGCGGCAGGCCGGUUUUGCCCACUUCAUGCCGCUCAGCGACGGCCGCGCGACCUGCGAGGCGAUGCGGCAGCAGCUCGCACGCGCCGAUGCCGAGGCGCACGCCUCGACGCCGUGCUACUUCGCGUCGGCGCCCAACUCGCUCGGCGGCUGGGCCUCGUGGGGCGGCGGCGCGGGCUGCGUCAGUGCUGAGCAGGUGAGCCCAGCGCGCCCGUGCGCCGUCGAGCAGCUGUGGUACGUCCGGUACGCUGUCGCGGCGCGCUUGCUGCGCCAGGUGGGCGGGCUCCUCUUCCUCGAUACCGACUUUGCCCUGCUGCGCGACCCCUACACGCAGCUCAAGGCACCGCCGCUCAGCCGCGCGUCCCUCGUCCUGAUGCCCGACCUGCGCGGGUCCGCCACACCGGUCAACGCCGGGCUCUGGUACGCGCAAGGCGCGGGUGCGCCCUCCUCCGCUGCCCGUUGGGUGGUUGAGCAAGUCGCUCGCCGGACCGAGGCGGUGAUUCGGCUGCCGACACCGCGCAAGCAGCUGCCGCCGUACGACCAGGCCAUGCUGAAUGACGCCCUCGCCUCGGCAUCCCGCGGCGUCUCGACGGCCUCGUACAUGUGCAUUCACCCUCGUGUCGCCGCCUCCUCCCUCUGCGCGAGCGGAGGAGGGAGGCCCCGGCCACAGCUGCCCUGGCUGCGAGAGGAUGGCGUGCGCUGGCUGCGCCUCUCUGUGCCGACGGCGCGGAAUACAAGCGUCGAGGAGGGAGGCGGGGCGGCGGCGCAGGCUCCGCUGGGCGAGCGUGCGGCGCUGGCGCCGCCGUCGCUCUUCCCGACGGGGUGGGAGGCGCAGCGCUCGGGCGCGCUCUCGCCCUUGCGCAGCGACGCGCCGGCGCUCGUGCAUCUGCUCGGCGUCCGGUGCCGCUGGUGCGGCAGCAGCCUCGACCUCGACGCGUCUGCAAAGUUUGAGUGGGCGGCGCUCUCGGGCUACUUCGCCGCGGCGGCGCUCCGCCCCUCGUCCGUCUCCCGCGGGUCGCCGGAGCUGUACGGCCGACGCUGCCCCGCGCGCCACCACGCGCUCCGGUGGGAGGCGGGGCCUCUGCUUCGUGCGUCGCCGCGGGACGUCCAGGCGGCGGAGCGGUCGGACGACGGGGGCGCCGCCGCCCGCGUGCUCAUCCGUGCCCUCGUCAGCCUGGCUGUUGCCACCGGCCGGCAGGCCGUGCUGCCUUCCUUCCGCUGCUCCGCGCCGUGGAUCGAGAGCGCUAGGUGGCCAGCCGCCGUCCGCACGCCGACGGGCCGCUGCGCGCCGUGCAAUGUCGAGGUCACUUGCAGACCGCACGCCCUCCCCGAGUCGCUGGCGGGGGGGGCGGCGGGCGGCACGGGCGGCGACGGCGGGGCGGUGGUGGACGUGCGAGCGCUCGCGGAUGGUGGGCGGCUGCUCGACACACUCUCGGCGCUGACCGGGCCGGCGGCGGUGGUGGCCGCCAACUUAACGACGGCGCAGAUCGCCGCCACGGCGGACGGUCUCGACGCGCCCCUCCUCGUUGGGCACCCGCGGCUGGCGCGCGCGGUCGCCUCGAACCUACGAGGAGUCUCUGGCGCACCCGGGAGGGCGGGGCAGGCCUACUUUCGCGCGGCGGAUGAGGUCGACGCCGCCGAACGCGUGGCUCGCUGGCGCAAGGAGGUCGCACAGCGCGGCAGCGGCGGCCGCUCUCCCCUCUCCCUCCGCCUGGGCGCCGUGUGCAGCGACCUGCUCUGCUCUGACGAGGCGUGCCACGCAGCGGCGCUCCGAAAGUGCAACGAGGCGUCGCAGCACGCGGGGAAGGCGCAAUGGACAGGCGAGGUCGUGGACCGGCAGCGAGCUGCGCGCUGCAGAGAGUGGCUGAACGCGCUGCCAAAGGCGCAGCGCCCCGUCUGCGACGGCGUGCUUGGCGAGUGUAUCGUGCCUGACCCACCACCAUAAUGUGUGUCGUCUCCACGCUGUUGCUAACGUUUCCCCUUGCCGUCCG